AUGCCCAUGGACUCUUCACCCGCCUGCGUGUCGUUCAUCGGCAUCGUCGAUUUCACCGAACACGCCAACUGGGUCUAUUGCUCCGAAUCCGUCUGCGACCUUCUCGGCUAUGAGCCACGCGAGCUGAUUGGAACCUCGUCUCUUCACCUGGUCCAUCCGGACGAAUUCUCUGAAGUCAAGGAGUUACACUACACGACCAUCUCCCAGGACCAGGCCGCUGUGCUCGCCUACCUUCGCAUGAAGCACAAGGACCCUUACAAAGGCUACAUUCUCUGUGGGAUCUCUCGCACGGUCUGCCAAAACGUGCUCGUAGGCAGUGUCUCGUUUGCCGCUCCGGGACCGAAGGCUAUGCACAACGCUUCCACGGCACAAGAGGUGAAAAUCAUCACUCCCACCGCCAAAGACCUCGAGUUCAGACAACGGCCGCGUGACAAGUCGCAAGCCAUCAGCUUCGACCCACUUCCCGAGCAGUCUCUACGCACCGCUCUUAUACUCGACCGAUUCAGCGUCAACUGCACAAUCCUGUAUUGUUCCAACGACAGCCUUUUACCCACGACCACUUGCAUGGGCCGUAGCUUUUUUGACUUCGUCUCCGUCAAGGACGAGCCUCUGGUACGAAGUUGGAUCGACGUCAUCAAAUCCUGGGGGGUCAACGAACGAGGUCAGCCCAGCGACGGCGGUUUCGGAUUUGGCAAGUUCUCCCUUAUUGUUCACGGUCGGGAUUCUAGCCGCCCUCCGGACCCCGUGCCCUCGCGGCACCGUUCUGGGUCUCACGCGAACUCAUACCAGAGUGGGUCCACUGAGUCAUCGCGCGGGUCGCGUGAUUCGCGGCCUAGCUACCACCACUCGAGCUCAUCGAACUCCAACUCCAACUACCGCGACCGCGAGCGUGAGCGUGACCGGCACCGCGAGUCGCGUACUUCCUCUAACAAGGACAGAGGCAACGGCGACCGUAUCGUCGACGCUAUUUUCUCUGCCCAUUCCGAUGGUCUCAUGGCAAUCUUGCGCCCUGCGUCGGCCUAG